AUGAAAGUCGCCGUGAGAAAUUCUUGCUUAGUUCAGCCAGCCGAGCCGACAUGGAGCGGCUCAAUGCCGCUGUCGGAAAUCGACCAGCUCGGCGUACUCAGCCACACUCCGUCAAUAUACGUCUACAGACCUCCUCAGGAUUGGGCGGCGCCGCCGCGCCGGAUCUUCGAAACCCUCCGGAGCUCCCUCAGCAAGGCGCUGGUGAUAUUCUACCCGCUCGCCGGCCGCCUGCGCUGGCUGCCCGGCUCGCGGCUGGAGCUCGACUGCAACGCCGGCGGCGCGCGGCUGAUCGAGGCGGAGUCCGGCGCCACGCUGGACGACCUCGGAGAUUUCUCUCCGUCGCCGGAAUAUGCCGAUUUGAUUCCUCAGGUAAAUUAUUCCACUCCAAUGGCGGAAAUUCCGAUUCUCCUCGUGCAGAUUACGAAAUUCCGGUGCGGCGGCGUCAGCCUGACCUGCAACACGUCGCACGUGGUGGCCGACGGCCAGAGCAUGCUUCAUUUUCUAUUUGAAUGGGCGGCCCUGGCGCGCGGCGCGGCGGCCGGCCCGCCGCCGGUUCUAGAUCGGCGGUUCUUGCGGGCCGGGGAGCCUGCGGCGUCGGGGCGGCGGUCGGAUUUCGGGCGCGAAUUGUUCGACCCGCCGCCGGUUUUGAUCGGAGAAACGAGCGACGCCGGAGAACGGAGGAAGGAGACGGCGGUGGCGCGGCUGAAGCUGACGGCGGCGCAGGUGGAGAAUCUUAAGCGGGAGGCGAAUCGAACUCGUACAGACGGCGGCGGCGCCGCCGUGAAAAGGCCUUACACAAAGUUCGAAUCCAUCGGCGGCCAUAUCUGGCGGUGCGCCUCCAAGGCCCGCCGCCACGCGGCGGCGCAGCCGACGACGCUGGAGAUUUGCAUGGACGUGAGAAAGCACUUCCACCGCCUGCCACCGCCGCCGCGGAAGUUCUUCGGAAACGGGGUGAUGGACGUUUUCGCAAGGGGCCGGUCGGGGGAGAUCACGGCGGCGCCGCUGGGGCAUGCGGCGGCGCUUAUAAGGGAGGCAAUCGACUCCGUGACAGGAGAUUAUGUGGAGUCAAUGAUUGACUAUUGGAAGGGUAUAGAGGACUUUUCACAGCUUCAGGAUUUAAAAGGUCCUGGGACUAAUGACGGGGCCUUCUAUGGCAACCCGAAUCUUAGGUUUAUCAGCUGGUUGGGCCUCCCGCUCCAUGGACUCGAUUUCGGGUGGGGGAAGGAGAUUUUCAUGGGCCCCGGGGCCCACGACUGUGACGGGGAUUUACUAGUGAUACCCAGCAGUGACGGUGACGGGUCAGUGACGGUAGCAGUGUGCCUUCAGGUUGCAUGCAUGGAGGAUUUUAAGAAAGUAUUUUACGAAGACCUCCCUUUUAACUCACGACUGUGA